AUUUUAAAGCCGCUGCACUUGUGAACGGGCGCCGAGCGAGUUGAAACCGAAUAAUAAAUGCGGACCGCGAAUGAAAUCAAAGAAAACUAUACUGUUUAGCCUGGAAAUAAUGCAAAUGACAAGAGUGCAAAUUUAUUGACCGGUUAAAAGGCGAUAUUGCAAUUGCAAUUGCAAUAUUAUUUUAAACACAAAUGCUCUUAGCUGAAAAGUUGUAUAAAAGAAUCAAGAGAAGAUACCGUCUGUGCGUGUGGGAAAAUGUAAACAAACGUGUUAAAUAAAUAGCAAAAAUAAAAACAACUUAACUAAGGAAAUAUCGAAUAAGCGCAGUGUGUUGUUGUUGUGCCGGCUGCAAAUAACCGUUGCUGUGACCGCGUGUGUGUGUGCGAUUUGUAUUUUACGUGUGUUUGUGUGCGUGUAAGAGUGAGCAGACAACAAAAGAAAUUGCGCUCCCUGUACUUCAUCUUCCUCGUCGUCCUCCCUUUUCGCCCGUUUACCGUUACUUGCACUGCCAAAAUAGCAUCAAAAAAGAAGGAAAAGGAGAGAAGUAAAUAAAUAAAUACCGACGAAUUUCAAAUAAUAUAAAUAGAAGGUCCUGCCAAAAAAGAACAAAAUAGGAAAGUCAAUUAUAUAGACGGCGAAUCGAAUCGAACAACAAACAUGGCCUUGAUAAGACUGGCAAGACAACUGGGCCUGAUAGAUACUAUAUAUGUGGACGGAGCUCGACCAGAUCAAGUUAACGAGCCCGAGGAGUCGCUCAACGAAGACGAAAUCACAGCAGCAAACUCAGUGCCCGUUAAAAACAAGAAGUCGAGGAAGUCCAAAAAACUCGCUAUGCAACCAUACUCCUAUGUGAUUGCCGUGGAUUUUGAGGCCACCUGCUGGGAGAAGCAGGCUCCACCACAGUGGCGAGAAGCGGAGAUUAUUGAAUUCCCAGCAGUGCUUGUCAACCUGAAUACAGGCAAGAUCGAGGCGGAGUUCCACAAGUAUAUCCUGCCCAUCGAGUCGCCACGCUUAAGUACCUACUGUACGGAGCUGACAGGCAUCCAACAGAAGACUGUUGACAGCGGAGUGCCACUGCAGACGGCGCUGAUGAUGUUCCAUGAGUGGCUGCGUAAGGAGCUGCGCGCCCGCAACCUAGUCUUGCCGAAGAUGAGCAAGUCAAACAUACUUGGCAACGUCGCCUUCGUCACCUGGACAGACUGGGACUUUGGCAUCUGCUUGGCGAAGGAGUGCACUCGGAAGCGGAUGCGCAAGGCAGCCUACUUCAAUCAGUGGAUUGAUGUACGUGCGAUUUAUCGAUCGUGGUACAAGUACCGCCCGUGUAAUUUCAGCGAUGCCCUGUCCCAUGUAGGACUGGCCUUCGAGGGCAGGGCUCAUUCCGGGAUUGACGAUGCCAAGAACCUGGGCGCCCUCAUGUGCAAAAUGGUGCGUGAUGGAGCGCUCUUCUCGAUCACCAAAGAUCUGACGCCAUAUCAGCAGCUCAAUCCCAACUGCGUGUUGUGAGUUCCAGCGGCCAGCAAUCCCUCCAAAACAAACAGAGAUGAAACGAAACGCAGAAUAUCCAUUUAGUUACUGAAUUUUAUUUAAUUAUUAAUAUUUAACGCAAGAAGAUAGAUGAUUGGUACGAAAAAGAUAUGUGUAAACUGAAAGCUAAUGAAAAAAAUGCAUAAAAUUUUAAUUACCUCCUCCUUUUUUUUUAAAUUUUAAUAUUUGCCCUAAUUUUUCUAGUAACGGCAAUUGAUAAGACUUGAACAAUUCGAAGCAUCGCAGCGAUCAUAAAUACAUAUAAAUUUAUAAAUAGCUAUAAAUAUGGCCUUAGAGCAUACAUAUUUUUCUACCAUUCAUACUUACUUGAUAAUGCUUAGUAGUAGUCUAUAAUACGGAAUGCAAUACUUAUUUUAACGACUUACACCGCCUACCAUUUAGGAGAUAAAUUAAUAAAACGACAAUAGGUACAUAUAAAUAUGUGCUGUUAAUUGAUAUAUCCAAUAA